GGGAAACCAAUGUUUCUCCACCUCUAUCGCUCUGCUGCCUUAAAUUAUUAAAAACACAAAAAUGAAACCAAGAUCCCAGAAAACUCAAGGAAAACCCAAUGGAAGACCUAGCAAAGGUCCUGGCAAGGUGGCCCACACUCAAAAGCCGUAUUUUAAAAACAAAAACAAGCAAAAGCCAAAGACGGAUAAGCCCAAUAAACCCGAGAUCCGGAACUUGAAACGCCAGGAGAAAGCUUCCCAGGAGGCGGCGGAAAGGGAGAAAGUGCGGGCGGAACGGGACGCACGAAUAAAAGCCUAUAAACACAAGCGCUUGGAGAAAACCAAGGCCAUCAGCAAGAAAACCCAAAAAGGGCAGCCUUUAAUGAAGGAUCGGAUGCAGUUGCUCCUGAAACAAAUCGAGGAGAUGAAGCGACGCUAAGUGAGUCAAAGGACAAAUAAACCACGCAUGGAACACUUUCACAUCCUCUGAGUGGCGAUUAUAUCUCCAUUGAACUCAGCAGAAUCUGAACACCUCAAGGACCACUUUGACACUAAACUUAGUAUUGUUCCAUUGGUUAUUUGGUCUUUCCUUCAGGCGAAUGAAGAUACGUUUAUUUUUAGAGUAGGCUCUCCUUAAUCCUAAUUUAAAUAAAUUGUUUUUAAAAACUA